GCCAGUGUAAACCACACAUUGAAACAGAACUAGUACAAUCUGGUGAAUAAGUAUGUCCAAACUUAGCACCCUCUUCAUCUUAGCCCUCCUCCUCUUCUUCUUCACGCUGACGGCCGCCGCAGCCCGGCCCGAGCCUUCUCUGGUGAAUCCCCAAGACAGGGAGGCUGAGGUAGAGAACACUAAUGUUGAUGAAGCAAGUUGUGAAGGAGUGGGAGAAGAAGAGUGCUUGAUGAGGAGGACACUAGUAGCUCAUGUUGAUUAUAUCUAUACACAGGAGCACAAGCCAUGAAUCAGAAUGUUUAAUUUCUUUAUUGAUAUACAUUUGGGAGAAUUUAUUUAGUAGUAUUAUUAAAUCAUUUCGUGAUAAUUUGAUUUCGUUUGAUCAUUUUACCAAAUCUUAUGUAUCAAAUCAUGCGACAUAUUGAUA